ACUAAUUACGCAGCUGCUUUGACCCAAAUCUACAGACUCGGCUGCAGAGAGCACCAAGUGCCGAGCAUUUAGGAGCCAUUCCAGGUCUUACUGGAACCAGGUACCACUGAGGGAAGCCAUCGCCAAGGAGCUGUCUACUUGAAGUAAAGCCCUUCCGUGUAUUUCUGGAGGUGACGCUUCAGUGGGUAAGAGUGCCCUCUCUCAGAUGUUCCGCAGCGACGGCGCGCACUUCCAGAAGAACUACAGUAUGACCGCUGGAGUGGAGCUGGUGGUGAAAUCCGUCAGCAUCCCGGACAGUGGCGACAGUGUGGAGCUGUUCAUCUUCGACUCGGCCGGCAAGGACACCUUUCUGGAGGCCUGCGAGAAGCUGUGGGGCCAGCCCUCGGUGCUGUGUGUGGUGUUUGACGUGAGCAGUGAGGUGUCGUUCAGGAGCUGUGCGCUGUGGCUGGAUCGGGUACGGGCGCACUGCCAGAGCCUGCAGCUGCCAGGGGUUCUGGUCGGCAACAAGUCAGACCUGUCGUCGCGGCGGGAGGUUGAGACGGCGAUGGCCCAGGAGUGGGCCCAAAGCCAGGGGCUGGAGUACCACGAGACCUCCGCUAAGGAGAUGGAGAACUGUGAGGCUCCCUUCCUCAGUCUGGCCCAGGCCUUCUACACCCUCUAUCAGGAUAGGAUCCAAACCAUCCAGACUCUGGCCUAGAAACGCCUGACCUCCAGACCACAGGGGGCACUGCACUCCCUGCUACAGGAAAAAAUUAUCAUAUCAGAUUUUCCCCACAGGAGGGAUUGAGCAAGAAUCUCCCUGAAGAAAACCGUUUGCUUUACCUUCUCCCCUAGUGCUCCCCAAUGUCAUACCAUCUCAACAUCACCAUUACUGUUCUUCUAUGAAAGGGUUGCUGUUACCCCCAGUCUCCAGCAGGGGGUGCUAGUCGCCCCCCCUAGCCCGUGUCAUUCCUUUGUUUCCAGGUAAUAGACAGCACCUGUACGGAGCCUAUUUACGGAGCUCUGGUUGGCUUCCCCGUGUCUCUUCCUCACACCUGGAAACAAAAGAAGGAGUUAGUUUGCCACGGCCUCUUUGCACAAUUGUCAUUGUGGCUGUUUGUGCUUGUUAUGUAAUGUAUUUACAGGGGACUGAAGGAGGAUGUAGGACAAGGUGCUUUCUGUAGGGAGGCUACGGGCAAAGAGCACACGCUAUAAAAAGAUCAUAAAAACAGUAAAUACUGUAAAAGACUGGCAAAAAAAGAAGAAGACAGGUUUUCCCUUCCGUGCCAAACCAGACCAGGUGAGAAAGGGUGGUUUCCGUGGCAGGGGGAACGGCUCUUCUGCUGUGGCCUUCACCGAUGCGGACUGGAGCAAAUGCACACAGAUGGUCCUUCCUCCUCCUCCUCCUCCUCCUGGUCUUGCCAGAGGGCACAUUGACUGCUCCUUGACGCUCAGUGGAGAGGGAGCCACUCUGCCUUGGACACUGUGUGGGUGGCUGCUGAUUGCAUGCAGUCGAUUAUCUUUCCUGAAUCAUUUUCUUCCCCUCUUCAUUUCUCUGUGUACCUGCAGCUAGCAUGUCUCUAACAUUAUCUGCUUGCUUUGUACGA